UUUCUUUUUUCUCUUUCCUUCUCCUUCUCCUUCUCCCUCUCCCUCUCCUUCACAUGGAGCUUGGUUUGAGCUUAGGCGAUGCUUCUAACUCUCUUGCCUUCAUCGACAACUCCACCACCCACCUUGCUAACAAACGUUUAGGGUUUUGCAUGGGCUUGUCCAUCGGUUCUUCUACUGCAAAACAUCAUAUUCAUGGCCAGGAUGAUGAUCCUGAUGAUGAUGAUGAAGAUAAACAUAAACAUAAACAUGCUAAUACAACUACACCCACCUCAACUCUCUUGGAUUCUCAAAAUAACAUAGAUCCUCCUGUUCAGCUUGAUCUUCUUCCCAAUACACCUGUCCCUCGUAAUACGCCUUCUCUUCUUGCCUUUCGUUGGUCAUCUGAUAACGGAAGCUCUGAGGCGGGUUCUUCAGGGCAAAUGGCAAGAGGAUUUGAUGUGAACAAAUUCCCUUUAGUUGAAGAAGCAGAAGACGGUGGUGCUUUAUCUUCUUCACCUAACAACAGCGCGGCAUCUUCGUUCCAGAUGGAUUUUUGUAUGUACAGUGGAGGGCAUAAGAAAGAUUUUGGUAAUGGUAAUGGUAAUGAAACGGAGGGUGAGAGAGGUUCUUCAAGAUUUAGUGAUGAAGACGAGAAUGGUUGCACUAGAAAGAAACUCAGGCUUUCUAAAGAGCAAUCUGCUUUUCUCGAAGAAAGCUUUAAAGAACACAAUACUCUUAAUCCUAAACAAAAGCUUGCCCUUGCAAAGCAACUUAAUCUUCGUCCACGCCAAGUAGAAGUUUGGUUUCAGAAUAGAAGAGCAAGGACUAAAUUGAAGCAAACUGAGGUGGAUUGUGAGUAUUUGAAGAGAUGCUGUGAAACAUUAACUGAAGAAAACAGAAGACUUCAUAAGGAGCUUCAAGAAUUAAGAGCUUUGAAGACUUCUAAUCCCUUUUACAUGCAAUUACCAGCCACCACACUCACCAUGUGUCCAUCUUGUGAGCGAGUGGCCACCACCAACACUAGCACCGCCACCGCCACCGCCACCGCCACCACUUCCACUUCCACAGCCACUGACCCCACGUCUAAAGCUUCUGGAUUUCCUGUGAGUAGACCCAGGUUCUAUCCGUUUUCUCAGAGUCAAAAUCAAAAAACACCAUCAAGAGAUCAUCAGAUGGUAAAACAUAGUUGAAAGUUAUUGUUAAAGAGUUGAUAAUUUGGUAUUAUUUAUUGUACAUACACAAGUAUUGUGGUGGUGGUGAUGGAAUUUUGUGUCCAUGUUUUUGAGAUUUCUUUCUGGAUUUUGUGGGUGAUAGAAUCAGAAAGAAGUCAAAUAGUUAGAAUAUUUAAUUGUCAGAGUUUAUGAAAAGAAAAAAACCAUACUUGAAAUGGAGAAGUAGAAAUAUGAGUUGUUGUGUUAGAAUGAAAAUGAAUUCAUCAAUUGCACGUUUGUUUUGUUGAUUCAUAAU